AUGCCGAUAAAAUCUCCUUUCGAGUCCUCCAUCGCCAAGCCCGGUCAAGGCACCGUGGUCCUCUCCCUCCUCCCUCCAUCCAACCCGACUCUGACUACCCUGACCUACAAAUACCCUCUCAAACUUCUCACACGAGCCCCGGGCUAUGUACCUCAAUCCUCCGCCUUGUCCUGUCCUGCUUCUCGGCCCGUCCAUCUCUACCUCCUCACCUACGGCGGUGGUCUCCUCCCCGGAGACCACAUCGACGUCUCCAUCACCCUCGAGCCACAGACCCGAAUGGUUGUCACCACCCCACAAGGCAGUACCAAAAUCUUCAAGACAGAGCCCAAUGCGAGCACCAAGGGCCAACGCGGCACCCCAGCACCCACAUUGUCUGACAAGAGCCGACAAUCUGUCGACGUCAACAUCGGCCGCGAGGCCGCCCUCUGCUACCUCCCCGACCCCGCCGUGCCCUACAAAGACAGCCGCUACGAGCAGCUGCAAACUUUCACCGUCGACAUCACCCCGGCCAAGGGCACGACGACGAAUCGGAGCACCAGCAGUCUCUGCGUCCUUGACUGGGUCGCGCAGGGGCGGACCUCUCGCGGCGAGAACUGGGAUUUCCAUCAGUGGCGCGGCCGCAACGAGGUCUGGGGCGUGAACCGCAACACCGGCGCCCGCAAGCUCCUCCUCCGCGACUCGCUCAUCCUCGAAGACGAGCUCGACGAGCUCUGUCUGGAGGCCGGCCAGGAGACGAUCAGCCGCAGUGAACUCAUCCGCGAGCGGACGCGGCCGCACGGCAUCGUCGGCACACUCAUCCUGUACGGCCCCGUCUAUGGAAUCGACCCCCAAUUACGAUUCCAAGGUCACCUUCACGGCGGCGCGCGUGCGCGCCGGCUUUGUCCUGGUGAAGUUUGGCGCGGAUGA